CCAAAACAAACUCACGUGUGUUUCUGUGAUGUGAAUUUAUUUAAAAAAACGCGAAUUUAAUAAAAUGUUAUUAUUAGAAGAUAGAGAAAUCGAUUUUUUUGUGGGAAGUAAAAUUGGAUCUUUCAAACAUAUAAAAUACCACACUGAUGCUACAAAAAACAAUAAAAAAUGUAUAGAGAAUUUAGUGGAAAUAAAGGACCUCCAAAAAGAUGAUGCUAUCACAUGUAUGGUUUGGGGCAACGCGGAACAAACAGAAAUAUUAUUAGCUAGAAAAAACCAACAGAUUCAAGUAUUUAAUACUCUAGAUGGCUUUACAAAGACAUACACAGCAGACUUUGGCACGGGUGAUGUGGUUGGACUCGGGCGGUACAAACGGAGGUUAAUAGCUGGAUUGGCUAGUGGAUUGGUUCAGGUGUGGAGUAAAAAAGAAAACACAAUCAUUAAUACGGGAGGUAAACUUGACAGAAUGAGAGUCUGUGCAGAGGACAACACUCUCUUUGCCACAGGUGGUGAGGAGAAUGAGCUCAAGGUGUGGAAAGUGGGUGAGACUGUACCGGUGUUCACUGCCAAGAACCUUCCCCACGACUCCCUGCAGCUGCGGCGCCCCGUUUGGGUCUCCGACCUCACCUUCCUCUCUGAUACACUCCUGGCAGUGUGCUCCAGACAUGGUUAUGUCAGGUUAUACGACACCCGCGCGCAGCGACGGCCCGUGGUCAACGUGGAGUUUAAGAUGGCCGCCACCUGCCUCACUCCGAGCUUCGAAGAGAGGCAAGUGAUUGUGGGCUUCGGUCGUGGUCAGCUGCAGUGCGUGGACCUGCGUCGUGGGCGGCCGGACCGCGUGUACAAGGGGGCGGUGGGCGCGGUCACGGGCGUGGUCGCCGAGCGCCGCGCGCGCGUCCUCGUUAGCGCCUCGCUCGACAGACACCUGCGCGUCCACAACUACGACACCAAGGAGCUGCUGUAUAAGCAAUACCUGACGUCGAAACUGACGGGGGUGCUGGUGCAGUCCGAGAGCAGCACGCCGCUGCACCGCGCCGCCGAGGUGAAGGCGGAGGAGGGGGCGGAGGCGGGCGCGGGGGCGGAGGCCGGCGGCGACGAGCUCGACCGCCUGUUCGACGAUAUGGAGGCCAUCGGUGAAAAAACGAGUAAGAAACGACGUGCGCUAGACGAAGUGGAUCGGAAGCGCAUGAAGCCUUCCACGGGGGGCAGCACUGACGCUGACCUCGACGGCACGCGACCCGACGCCGCGUCUGAGGACGACGAGCCACCCGACGCCGCGUCGGACGGCAACACGCCCGAGGACGCCAUCGUGCAACUGCUCCGCAGCACCGAACGGACGAAGAAGAAGAGAGAAAAACUCAAAAGGGAGAAGAAGGCAAAGAGCGUUUUCCACAACGUCUGAACUCGGGAAUAAAUAUUUUUACUUCA